AUGUUCAGCACACCAUCUUGCCUGGAAAGCAAACUCCUACAGGGCGCUGGAAGUCGAGAGGGUAUCAGCGGGUUGAGUUUUCGUCAUCAGGGUUAUGUGAGACAAGGCUGGGUGUGUGGGUCAGAAAAGCGACUCCUGCAGGCUCAGAAUGAGAAAGAAGGCAUUGAGUCAGACCUCUCCUCUAUGUUUCCAAAGCUCGACUCCACAGUGUGUAAAGAGAUGUCUGUCUCGGACACAGAGGUGUCAGAUGUCACAUGGACAGACAAUGGUACUUUCAACCUGUCAGAGGGACACACACCACAGACUGAGAACUCAGAGGACUUUGACAGAGAAGAACCGUUCAUUGGUGGCCUACUUGAAUUCCCUUCACUUGAUAAUGGCAUGACCACCAAUGGCGACGACGACGACGACCUCAGCCUCGGCCUUGCUUCACCUCCAACUCGGCUCCAGGAUCCAAUCAAAUCCAAGCACGAACCUCAAGACCAGUCCACCAAUGCCCUCGAUUUGGUCAACCAGAUGGCAGGUGAAGUUAUCACCGCUGCAGUCACAGCUGCCAUCCAGGAGAGAAUAGAAGCAGCAGUCAGCUUCAUGACGCCAACUGAAGACCCCAAGCGGGCGGGACUCACAGAAUCGAGCAGGCUGCUGGAGCUGACCGAGGAGUCGGACAGCGAGGUGGAGGACUUUGAGCUGCUGGACCAGUCAGAGUUGGAGCAAUUGGAGGGGGAGCUUGGCCUCGGAGAGAAGGCCAAAGCCAAAGAAGAGGUGCAGACCGACAGUCCCGCCUCUUCUGGCUUCUUGUCCAAACUCCUUAAACGCCACUGACGGAUGAAAAGUUUGAAAGCAGAUGGUGAGGUGUGGUUUCCAGAGGACAUGUGGAGGGGAGGCAACUUUAUAGAGUUUCAAUUUAGCUUCUUCCUGUUAAGCAAACAUCUACAGAACUGAUCAGAUAGUGCUGUCUUUUUUUAAUCGAACCAGAGUAGCCCAAAGCUGAGACCACACCAUAUACCCUAAUAAUGGCUGACCAAACUGAGGCCUCUAAGAUGAUUUCAGUAACUAAUGAAAGAUCCAGGCUCAUCUGAAAACAAGCGUAUGGAUUUUUUAAAUUUAUACUUUUAUUAUUUGCUAUCAGUCAGGUGGAGGCUGGUCACUCACGUUUAUAAGGCUUUAUAUGACUUUCAAAUUAACACUGAAUUGACUUAGGCGUAGUUUUCAGGUUACAGUGUCGCUAUGUGGCAAGUGUGCAAAACUAGUGUAGUACAAAGUAAUACAGUACAAAUGCUGACUUCCCAUAAGACUCAAAUCUUGUGACAUACUACUCCACUACUACUCCUUGGGUUGGUCCUUCACAUAGAGCUGAGAGAAAUUAGACAUUUAAUUACGCCUAUGAGUCAAGUCACAGCAAGGAUUAAGUCGGCUUUGUUAAAAGCUACACAAAUAAA